AUGGCGCCGAUCACCUUACGAGUCUUGUCGUCCACGCUUUUGGUCGGCGCAGUUCUUCACUGUUCCGCUUCCGAGCCAGGGGAGCCGACUGUCGAGCCAGAGUCGAUCAUCAACAUCCCGGAAAAAGGACUCGCAGCGGACGAACAGAAAAGUGUUUGGCUCAAACCGUCCAACUCGCUGCGAGUUGUCGACUCGAGCAAUGCAGCCGUGUUCUUGCCGCAGCCAGGUCAAGAGCCUUCUGCAGAGCCUUCGCCGGAGCAGAUGAGCGCCGUCGCGUAUGUGUUUGAGAACGGUGUGUGCGACUUCGAGAAGACUGUAGAGUACAAAAAGUUGUUUCCUGGGCAUGAGAAGCCGCUGUGGGUCCGCACCGCGCCUGCCGCGGCUGCAGGUGCUGAGGAGGCAUCUCCUGCGCCGGCUGCGAAUUACACGUUUACGAAUCCCUCUGCGGAGGUGUUGGGGGGCGAAGGGGCUAGUUUCUGCGUGAGGUUUAGGGUGCAGCGACCAUUGCAGCCUCAGCCGCCCAUACCGGAAAACGACGACGGCCCGACCGGCGAUAAGGGGGAACCUGGAGAGGGCGACCCUCUCCCAGAAGCGCUUCCCGAGAGACCUCCGGCGCUACCGCCGCCUGUGCCGGGUGACGCGGUGGUGCCCGGUAUUGGAGUAGGAGCACGUGAUAUGAAAGUUGACCCAGCGCAGGAGCAGAAGGAGCCUCUCAAGCAGGCUGCUGGACUCAGUCCCGAAUCUGCAAAGCAUGAGGUUGUGAAACCGGUUGAAGACAAUUCUCCGAACGAGCCUCUGCCUCGUAUGGAGACAAGUGGGAAUUUCGAUAACACCGUUCAAGUCGGCAGGCUUGCCGCUGCCCCGUCCCUUCCUGAUUCUUCAACACUCCAGCCUACUGAAGACCACGAAGUUGUGGAAAGUGUUGCUGGGUCGCAAGCGAGCGUCCAGAGUGGGCAUGAUUCCAAGAAACCAGACCUCCAAGUAAAGUUAGAUAAACUGAACAGCGGACUGACUGGCGGGAAACAAGCGCGCCUGCGAAGACUCUCAGAGCCGACCGAAUCACAAGACAAAUACCUGACCAUCGUCGUGCACUCCACUGCAUGGCGCGCUGCAGGAAGUGUGGCGGCUGCGUCCGCGGCUCUUCUCACUGUUGCCGCCUGGCUGCUGCUGAUGUUUUAG